AUGUUUGAUUGGGACGAAGAAGAGCUUACUAAUAUGAUAUGGGGUGAUAACGGUGAGACAGGCGACCAUAUUGUGCCUUUUAAAGUAAGAAGUGAACAACUUAACAAGAAGGAACGGUGUGAAGAAUCUAAGACAGCAAAGCCGGCUGAGCUAAAGAUCACUGGGACUAAAACUGACCUCCAUGAUAGUCAGUUGGGGAGCAGUUCGGGCCAUAAUGUUGAUGAGGAGAUUCCUCAGCCAGGUUACUGUAUGAGCUCAUGGCCUGACUCAUCGCUAGGUAAUGCCAGAAAAGCUGAUCCAGAUUCAAGUGCGGCUGAACUUUCAAAAUGUUCAGCUGAGCCAGCCAGAUAUGAUUCAACGAGAGGUGAGAAAACGUCUGAACUUGGGAAAGGCCCUGAUAUUUUUCAUAGCACUGAGGAGAGUAAAGAGCAAGGUGAUUUUGAUGAGUACGGCUGGGCUAACAUUGGUAGCUUUGAUGAUCUUGAUCGAAUGUUCAGCAAUGAUGUCCCUAUAUUUGGCGAUGGCAGUCUCAGCGUUGCUGAUGAGUUAUGGUCUUCUUCUAAAGAUGUAUCCAGUAGUCCAUCAAAAUUACUACCAUCAGUUCUGGACUCUCAAGAUCUAGGAUUGGAUAUGAGAACUGAGUUUGAGCAACAAGGGAACCAGCAAUUUCCAUUGACUGGAAAAGCCAAUUGUCCCCCAUCCCAAAGUGUGCAUAGUAUACGUGCAACCCCAAAGGCUGAGCAAUAUCGUGAGCAUACGGGUCAACCCUCAGUUGACGACCAGCCAUAUCAACAAAAUAAAAUGAUGAAGUUUACGAAAAUGCCUGGAACUUCUGAGGCAGGAGCUUUUCAAGAUCUUCCGUCCAGGAAUUCACCUAGAAGAUUUGUAAAUCAGUUGGCAUCGUCACGAUCCUCUAUGAUGGCUGUUAAUCUUCAGAGUGAGUCUCAAGGGUCUGGGACAUCACACUAUCCACAUAUGCCAAACCAAUACAUGGCUACUUCUGGUUUUGGUAAUCUUACAAAUCCAUAUUCUACUGUGCCUGUACUUUCGGCUGUCCAAUGUCCUGAUAUCAAGAAUCAGUUGAUGCAUCCUUCCUACAAUCCUACUACUGCUAUCUCCGUAAACAUGGGAGCAGAUGCCUCUGCACGACCUUCAACAAUGACGCCACAGGAAAAACUAGAAAAACUUAGACGCAGACAGCAAAUGCAGGCAAUGAUUGCUAUUCAGAGACAACAGAAGCAGUUUUCUCAUCAGGUGCCUGUAGCAGAUCAAUCCAUUACUCAAAACUGUCGCCAAGAUAUCCCACUCCAGCUUGUCGACAAAACCAAUCUCCACGGGAUUACUGCACUGCCUUCCUUUGACCCUAAUUCAUCUUUGAAAGGAGAUGAUUCUGGCAACAUUUCUGCUGCUUGUGAUAAUUCAGAAGAAAUAUCAGUUCUUUAUCGGCUUCAAGAUGUUGUAGCCAAGUUGGAUAUGGGAGUAAGGACUUGUAUACGAGAUAGCUUAUUCCGGUUGGCUGGUAGCGCAGGUCAGAGACAUCAAACUGGUGAUACAGCACACAGUAACAAGACUAGCCAGGAUGACCCUGAAGUGGUUCCCAAAGAAGAAUCCAGAUACAGAUAUGCUGGGAUGCCAGACACAGAAACAGGGACCAAUCCCACAGACAGAACCGUUGCUCAUUUGCUCUUUCAUAGGCCAUUUGAUAUGUCGGCGGCAAAGCAUAUGGAAGGACCAGAAUCACCUGCUUCUUCUAAGAUGGGAAGUGAAGAACAAAGGAAUUUUCCUAAAUGCAGUCCACGAGAGAGCCGCAUACAUAAGCAGAAAGCUCAAGAGGAAGAAGGACCUGCAGGUUCACUUGCUUUAGGGAAUAAACCCAACUCUGGAUCCAGUAGUACUGUUGGUGAUAGAGUUGUUGAAACAUCCAAAGGGAACAAAAGAAAGCUGUGA